CUGCGCGCCUGACUAACAUGCCGUGCUGCGCACCGUCAGCAUCAGCAUCAGUAUCAGCAUCAGCAUCAACAACACCCGCGCGCCUUGGACACCCGUGCGCACGCCUCCACUCCGGUCCACGCCGAUAACGAACGCCUCCUCACGGGACUCUCUCUCGGGGACCCAACUGUGAGAGGAGAGACAACAACAAACAAACGGACCACCAGGACGCGGAAGAAGAAGUGAAAAGAAGAUGGACUCCCAGUGACGCACCGACCUUUUGACGCGGCGCUCGGACUAACGCUUGUGGAUUGCAUGAAACACAGCAAGGGGCGAAUGCUGAAUUACGAUCCGAUUGUCUGAGUUUGGGGGUCGCCCCCCCAACCCCCCUCUCUCCCCGUCCUUCUGUCGCACCCCCUCCUCUUCUCCUUCCUCCUCCAUCCCCACGCCGCGCGGCUCCUCGCCGUCCGCACGCCAGGAUGCAGCUGCUCCGCGUUGCGUGGGCAAUAACCGGAGCUGCGAUCUGCUGCUUCCUCGUCCUCCUCAUCCACUCCCGCCUGCUCAAAGAAGGCCAGCUGGCGGCGGGGACAUGUGAAAUUGUGACGCUGGACAGGGACAGCAGCCAACCCCGGCGGACCAUCGCCAGGCAGACGGCCCGCUGCGCCUGCAAGAAGGGCCAGAUCGCCGGGACUACAAGAGCCAGACCCGCCUGUGUGGACGCUGGCAUCGUUCGGAAAAAGCAGUGGUGCGAGAUGGUGCCGUGUUUGGAGGAUGAAGGCUGCGACCUGCUAGUCAAUAAAUCCGGCUGGACUUGUACGCAGCCCGGAGGGCGAGUCAAAACAACCACGGCCCUAUGACGCAACAAGAGUCCCGCUCCACACCCUUGCACUACGGAGAGCAUUGACGACCCCCUUGACAGACCGCCAAAAAGCACCACCACCUUCCCACCACUUCCACAUCACAGCCAGUCCAUCCUGCACCCCGGUCCUCAUGGAGGCAGCAAGGUGUCGUAACCUCGCCAAGGACCCCAUCUCUGCUCUGUCUGGACUUUGGCAAAACUAACCGUUUCCUGCCAGCCUCUCCACCUGCAGGCUUCCACCUUCUCCCGCUACAAUCUGUCCAUUCCGACCAUCUUCUUUGCUCCACGUCUUGGAAAGGGUCUGACUCCGGGGAUGGAAAAAAAAAAAAACAUUAGAAAAAAAAAAAGACACACCAUGGCAAGGUUUUUGGACAACGUUGGAAUUGCUUGGACUAAAGACUACACCCUGCCCGCCCCCCAGCUCCACCUCCCGCCUCCGCAUUUCCCUUCCGGAAGAGCAGGAGUAAGGCGCACUUGUGAACUCUCCGCUGUGAAUAAGCCUUCUGCCGGAGCAAACCUCCCAUAUUUUUAUAGACCAAAGAGCAAAAAGAAGAGAAACUGCUGACAAAGCAAGAUCAUCUUGGCCCGGUGCUCAGCGGACACCUUAUUCUCCAAGGAGUACUUUUGACAAUUUGCAGACUUUUUUUUUUUUUUCCGUCGCUCCAAGCGAGCUCACUGUAUUUUGGACCUGGAGAUAUAGGUACUGCAUACGUAUAACUGUGUAUCAGACAAAAAAAACAAAAAUACACACAAAAAAAAUAAAACUCUGAUUUGCAUUUUUUUAGUAGCGACGGCUGCGUUGGGAAAGGAGGCAAAAGGUGGACUCCAGGUGGGAGGAAAUGUCAUUAAAUGUAUUUUGGAAGGCCCUAAAAGUUAUAUAUUUACCAGUUUUUCUAUGUUGUACCUUUGUAGAGAAGCUUAUUGGACGUGUGCUCACAAUGACCAUGAGGAUGUUGUUUUCGCCACUCGUUUCAUUCACACCUUCGCUGCUUUCUGUUCAUGCUCAUCUCCAAGUCUCUGUCCGGUCCAAAAGAGAGAGAGAGAGAAAUCAAAAACACAAUUUAUGGAGGACUGACGUGCAGCCCACUUAACAUUGUAAAUCUAUAGUAGUCAGUGGAACAAGCUGCUCUGAUAUUGUAUUGUACACUACGUGGAAUACUGACUCCUUUCCUCGCUUUUGGGUUUAAAUCUCUUAAUUUAUUUCCGUGCUUGUGUUUGUUUGCACAGAUGGGACGCCGACAAAUGGAAUGAAGAGAUAGGGAACAGCAGAGCAAGCCUUGCAGAGAUGUUAAUCAUUGACAUUUUUUUUUUUUUUUAAUCGUUAUGAUCAUUAUGAGAUAUUUUAAGAAUAAAUUAAAUACAUGAAAGAAAUUGUGCCC